UUACAAUUUUAAUUUCAAGGAGCAUCGUAUUAUUUUUCGGUUUAUUUUUUGGUUUCAGUUUAAUUAUUUUUCAAUUUGCAUCGUGAGUGUACACCGUACAGGUUUCAGUCAAUUUGGUUUCGUGAAUAAGCGCAUAGAGAUAUGACAUUAUGAGUAUUCCAAAAUUAAUAAUUUUCUGUACGUUCGUGUUAAUUAUAUUAACAUGCAGCAUUGAUAUUGAAGCUAGACGGUUGGGUUUUUCUCAUAAGAUGACCUCAAAAGAACCCCGACUCUAUUUACAAACACUACACUUCAGACAACCAAGUUCUCUAUGGGUACACAAUCAGCAACAACAACCUCAACGACUGCGCGAUCAACAACAACCUCCACUACAAAGCGAUCAACAACAAUACAACGAUCCACGACAUUCUCCGCGGCGAGCAGAUCAACAACAGCACCCCGAUCAACAACAAUAUAACGACCCACGAAAUUCUCCGCAGCGUGCAGAUCAACAACAACCUCAACAACUAAGUGAAAAACAACAACACGAUCGACAACAAUACAACGAUCCGCGGCGUGCAGAUCAACGACAAUACCCCGAUCAACAACAAUAUAACGACCCACGAAAUUCUCCGCAGCGUACAGAUCAACAGCCAUAUAACGACCCACGAAAUUCUCUGCGGCGUGCAGAUCAACAACAACACGAUCGAAAACAAUACAACGAUCCACGAAAUUCUCCGCGGCGUACAGAUCAACAACAACACACCGAUGAACAACAACCUCAACAACAACACGAUCGACAACAAUACUACGAUCCACGAAGUUCUCCGCAGACACAUGAUCAAGAAAAAUACCUCUAUCGAAUACUCGAUCAACAAUAUUACCUACGACCAUCAAAUCAAAUACCAUCACCUGAUCAAAUUCGCUUAAUACUAAUGUCGACCGCUCAAAAACAAUACCCCGAUGAACAACAACCUCAACGACUACACGAUCCACAACAAUACCCCGAUCAACAACAACUUCAACAACAACACGAUCGACAACAACCUCAACAACUACGCGAACGACAACAAUACAAUGAUCCACGAAAUUCUCCGCGGCGUGCAGAUCAACAACAACACACCGAUCAACAACAAUACCCCGAUGAACAACAACUUCAACAACAAUACAACGAUCCACGAAAUUCUCCGCGGCGUGCAGAUCAACAACAAUACCCCAAUGAACAACAACCUCAACAACAGCACGAUCAACAACAAUACAAGGACCUACGAAAUUCUCAAGAAAAAUACCGUCACCCGAUCAAAUUCGCUUAAUACUAAUGCCGACAGCUCAAAAACCUACUCCUCAAAGUAGGACUCGAUACUGGUCAUUUUGAUGGAUCAUUUUAUACUCAAAUAAAAUAUGCAUAGUAAACACUUAGUAAUCGAUAUAAAAUGUUUUUGUUUAAUUUUCAAAUAAAUACAAUAUUAUCUGAUUGAUUUUUCUCUUAA